AUGGGUUUAGCUUCUUUCGUUAUCGGCAUUGAGAUAUUUCGUGAUAGAUCUCGUCAGAUACUUGGGCUAUCACAGAAAACCUAUAUUAACAAAGUUUUGGAAAGAUAUGGCAUGAUGAAUUGCAAAUCAGGUGUUUCCCCCAUUAUCAAAGGAGAUAAGUUCAGUCUAAAUCAAUGCCCAAAGAAUGAUCUGAAAAGAGCACAAAUGAAGGAUAUUCCCUCUUCUUCCGCAAUAGGGAGUCUUAUGUAUGCAAUGAUUUAUACUCAUUCAGACAUCAGUUUUGCUGUUGGUAUGUUAGUCAUAUAUGUGAGUAAUCCUGGCAUGGAUCAUUGGGUUGCAGCAAAGAAGGUGAUGAGGUAUUUAAAGGGGACUAGGGAGUACAUGCUUACUUACAAAGCAUCUGAUCGGUUAGAAGUGAUCGGAUAUUCAGACUCUGAUUAUGUAAGAUGCCUUGACAGUAGGAAAUCUACAUCAGGAUACAUAUUUCUACUUGCUGGUGGGACGAUUUCUUGGAAGUCCAAGAAACAGACUUGUGUCUCUACUUCUACUAUGGAAGUAGAGUUUGUGGCAUGCUUUGAGGUCACAUAUAUGACAAUUUGGUUACGGAACUUUGUCUCAGGACUUCGGGUUGUCGACAUCAUUUCGAAGCCGCUGAGAAUAAACGCCCCAGAUGAAACACGUUCAACUUGUUUCUGCGUUUCUGGAAACGAGUCGUCGAACAAGGACUUGCCCCCUUCUUCUCCAAGUUAG